AUGGACAGGCCCUACAAGCUGACACUCUUCGGGCACGUUGGUACGCGUGAUGGUGAUCUCAAAUGUGAUUAUGUCACCAACACAAAUAUCGUUCGCGUCGUUGACGUAGACUUCCACAGUCAGUUCUACCUGGGGGAAGAACUUGCAGAACGCGUCCACGUCGGAAAGCUGGACGUCGGUCAUGCUGACCAGACCUUUCUUCGACUCCAUCGGGGUCCGAACGUAUUCACCGAUGGCCUUACCGCCGCUUUUGCUGCGCUGGAUGUGGCCAAUACGGUCGUCGGUGAGGUGCGGAAUCUGGUAGUAAGCAUCCCUCCUUCCCGUAAGGCCUUGGAUCAGACAACGCCUGAAUUCGACAAUGGACUUGCUGGUCAUCAUCCAACGGCGACAAAGGGCAACAUCUAA